UGCCGGCUAAUAAGCAUAGUGAGGGGCUAAAAUGGCUCUAGAUCCAUAGCGCCGCCACCGGUUCGUUUACAGGCCGGUAGUGAAGAACAAACACUUGCUUCCCCCGCUUUGUGCGUCAAAAAGCAUCAUCCCUGACAUUUGCAUACACAGCCAUGUCGGACGAUGAAUCUUUCGAUCUUCUCUCCUCUCUGGAUAAUGGAGACCUUUCCCCAUCAUUGAGAGACUGGGCCUCCGGCACUGCCGAUAGCUAUGAUGUGGUGGAUUUGGACCUGGAUCUAGAUAGCCUGAGCCUGUCGUCGGUCCAUUCUAGCGACCUUUUGGAAGCGGCAAUUACUGCAACUCGGAAUGGAGAGUCGGCUAUUCUAAGUACAGUAUCUCAAUUUGCGGGCAUAUUGUCUCAGACUGGAAUCCAUGGACCGCGACUGCUGAAGGCCCUCAACCUGGCGACGCGAGCGACGAAGAUUGGCGCUGGCUCUCAAUUUACUGUCUUCAAGGAAAAGUCGCAUGAAGGGUAUACCGGAAAUGAGGGUUUGGUGAUUAAGCGGGUGAACGUGCCUCUCUCACGAAAAGCCGCUCAACGAUUCGCCGACACCCCAGACUAUCGUCUUCAGUUGCGCACACUGGGGCUAGAGCUACUCGCUCUCUGCAAUCCGUCCCUGCGGCGUCACCCCAAUAUUGUUCGGCUUAUCGCGUGGGGCUAUGACUAUCCGUUCGCUGAUAUGCCGGUUCCGGUCCUCUUCGUGGAAGCCGCUUUGAUGCCAUUAACGGACUUCCUCGCAGUUGGCAAUGAUUGCUCGUCCGAAGUCAAGUAUCAACUAAGCUUGGAUAUCGCGAAUGGAAUAGAGGCAUUGCAUCAUCUGCGUAUAGUGCAUGGAGAUCUUAAGCCAGAAAACGUGCUUGUGUUUGGCAUGGAGAGCGAGAAAGUGCCAUUCAGAGCUAAAUUAAGUGAUUUUGGGGUCUGCAUUGAUCUGGAGGCCUCUGACUCUCGGCUUACUAUGAGUGAUUAUCGUGGAACGCCCGCGUGGCUGGCUCCCGAGGUGGCCAACGAUGAUUUAGCACGCUUCUGUCCUUUCAAGCCGGAUCUGAUGUUUCGAUUCGAUGCAUACAGCUUCGGCCUGACGGUGCUAUCCAUGUUUGUCAAUCGAGGAGAGCCGGUAGAUCUUGACGAAACCCUCGAAAAUGCAAGCGAGGAGAUCUCUGACAUGCUGUAUGAGCGUGAGGACAUUCCUUCCGCUUUGCGUAUGGAGCUUCGUAAGGCGUUGCUCAAGCUUCUUGCGGAAGAUCCCAGGAACCGACCGCUACCAACUUCUCAGCUACUGAAGGCGGAUACCCCUGCGUAUGCUUCUUGGUUAUCUAUUGCCAAAAUCGGCAGUGAAUCUGCUCCAUAUGUUGGCACACUGGACCCAAUGUACAACAAAGGACCAUUGUUUUGGUACCGACUCGAUUCGUCCGUUCUGUCUGAGCUGGAAGCACAAUACAUGGCGGCGAAGCAGGGUGCGUCGGCAGAAAUCCCGGGCGAUGUUUUACUAGGAAUGGCGCAGACCGUGACAGGGGCCAAGCCGUCAUAUCUUGACCGUCUUCUAUUGUACGUGACUGACGCCGCAAAGGGUGGCUACUCCCCAGCAAGAGCCGUCUAUGCUCAAAUCAUGGCUGCUCAUGACCUCUCGCCCGAGUUCGACGCGAAGGUGCUGGAAGAAUGGACUUUCCAGGCCGUUGCGGAAGGUUAUCUCUUCGGUCCUCCAUGCGCUCUUACAAAUGAGAAGAGGGAACAGGCAAAGAGCACGUUUCGUCGCAAUGGCGGAUUAUGUGCGGAUCCCUUCCUCGGGAAACAGACUGUGGUAGAUGCCGCACGGAGUCCCCAGAAGGCUGUCAAAUGGAAGGUGGAACAUGGGUUGAUAGUUGAUCAGAAGGGGAAUACCAUCCUCCAUGUCGCUGCCGUGUUGGGAGAGCUUGAUACAGUUCAAGCACUCCUUGACGAAGCGAACAUAGCUGUCAAUGUGUCGAACGACAGUGGGGAGACACCACUUUACAAAGCAUGUCAGGCUGGUCAUGCAAGCGUGAUCCAGUACCUGCUCCAAAGAAAGGCAGAUGCGUCCCGUACAACACAGCCGGCUAGAUUAUCUCCGUUGCAUUGGCUCUUCAUGUUGCCGGAUGAAGCCAUCCACUUGAUUGCUGAGCAGCUAGUUGCAGCAGGUGCUGAUGUCAACGCUGUCAUCCGACCCGUUGUGGGCGAGAACAGUGGAGGAUUUCCAGAACGAAUCCAGAUCGUGCAUUAGUGGGUUUCCAUACGCCUUGUACUAUUCUAGCCAUUGCUAACGCUACGAAGCCCAUUUGAACUGCCU